CGUAAAGGGCUGUAAACAAAGUAUCCUCACAAAGACAGCGCCAACAAUCUUCAUCCACGCAUAACCUCUAACCACAACAACUCCUUCUCCCAUAUCACCUUACCCACCGCCAGCAUGGCCAACGAUCAACAGCCGGCGCUCGCAACAACGAAGCGCAAGUUCCACAAGCUCCUCGACAACCUCGCAGCAAGCACGUCAACCACCUCACUCGCCAGCACCCUCCACGAAUCCAAUGCUUCCGUCUCAUCCUUCGCCACCAUCCCCAGCCCCGAGCCCCCCUCCAAGCGAUCACGAACCUCAGAUGUCGGUGUCGAACAACCACGUAGCGUCUCAGGCGGUGAGCGCGUCCGCGCGCUGCAGGAGAAGCUCUUCACGCCGCGAAAAGGGCUCGACAGGAUGGGCGGCACGGUGCGGAAAGUAGGCGGCAGAUCGGGCGUGCAAGCGAGCGAGAAACCUCUCCCGCCGACGCCGACGACCCCGAGGAAGGCUCCUAAUUUCCAGCCGUAUAGCCAGGAGCAGUUCCUCGGGCGCUUGAAGACCUUCGCGGACGUGAAGAAGUGGACGAGCAAGCCUGAUGCUAUCGGUGAGGUGGAGUGGGCGAAGAGGGGCUGGGUGUGCGCUGGGUGGAACACGGUGGCUUGUAAAGGUGGUUGCGAGGCGAGGGUGCCGGUUAGGCUUCGACCGAAGAGGAAGGACUCAGAUGACAAGGAGAUCGAUAUGAGUGAGGAUAUGUCGGUGGAAAUUGAUGAUGGGCUGGUGGAGAAGUAUCGAGAGAGGAUUGUGGAUGGACAUCACGAUGAGUGUCUGUGGAGGAAAGCGGGCUGCAAAGAUGAAAUAUACCACAUCCCUAUACCGAAUAGGAGUAAGAGCACGGCAGAGCUACUCGAAAGAUACCGUUCAUUCAAGGCCAUUGCUGCAGAGCUCCCUCUGUUGGAGAACAUCACGUAUCCAGACCCACAAGUAAAGCAGAUUGUAGAGCGCAUUCCGUCUACAUUGUUCACUUCGUCGGGAGUCGAGACUAUAAAUGAGGUACCUAGCUCCGAGAACGAUUUCACAGCCUUCGCCUUCGCGCUGUUCGGAUGGGCAGGAAUAUCGGAAUCGAAGAUUGCGCUUGCAACAUGCGGGCAUUGCUUCCAGCGAAUUGGUCUAUGGCUUUCACAAGACAAACGUCUCAAGGAGAUGAGUGCAAAGCUCGAUGUUCCCAUUGAAUCACUACGCCUGAACCUCGUUGAAUCUCAUCGAGAGCACUGCCCCUGGAAGAAUCCUAUCACGCAAGGGAACCCCACGGAUGGCCCAAUAGCAAACAUGGCUGCCUGGCAGACACUUGAGUUUCUACUACUAGGAACUAGAAAGCGACGAGAGGAGGCACAUAAGAGCGUUGCAAGCAUUGAUGUGGGCAGUUUCAGGGAAAGCAUCGACGACGAGCGGCCGACCACGGAGGAUAGGAACAAGGAAGGAGACAGCUUGAACGAGAAGUGGCAGAAGUUCAAGGCGAAACUGAGGAGGACCGCGAGCAGGAAGAGCAUGAAAAGCUCCAAAAGUAUCAAAAGUGUCAAGAGCGCGAAAAGCGUGAAGAGUGUUGGUGAAAGGGACGAUUAAGAUUAUCCUGGGGAGUUGACAUGUCACGUGGAUGCUUGAGCUUGCAAAUGAAUGGUUUGCUCCCACUUCUUGAUGGGCAAUUUGCGACCAACAUUAUUACACCAUUUUCAUAUACCCAAUAUUCAGCAUUUGACUUCUCAAAAAAAAUAACUGUGGAUGGAAUUGGGACCAAUCUCAUGUAGCGCAAGAUCGCCAGACGGUGUCCAUUACAACAUGUGUGUUACCCCGCCAGUCCUCCGCCAUUCGAGGGCUUGAACCACGCCAGGCCGGCCCUACAAUUGGUGUACCUGGAAGGAAGACGCGGAGCUGAGCUGCAGCUCGCAGCAGCUCAUCGACAGCUGAAAGAAAAGACCCAUCAGAU